UCCAAGACGACCAUAUAUUUGGCAGUUACUGACCGCCAUGCGUCUCUUCUCUCUUCUGGCCGCUGCCACAACGGCACUCUUCGCAAGCCCUAGUUUUGCAGGCAGUCCUAUUGCAGGGGUUGAGAUAGACACUAUCCGCCCAGAUAGGUAUCUUGCUAAAAGUCAUGAGUGUGUAACGGUCGACCCGACUGUACGGUUCCAACCCGUACGCCAUAUAGGUAUUCGGCCAAUCAGUUCUGGUAUUGGGGUUGAAUGUACAUUUUAUAGGGACCCUCACUGUCAUUCAGAUAACGAUCCUGAUCAUCCUGAUUCGUAUACUCUGCACGAAGGUAGCUAUAGCUUCAAGCGUCGCUUCCUUGUUGGGGGUUUCAAAUGUGUGGAACCGGACAGUGGACAUGAAUUCCUGUGAUCAGCCAAGCAGAAAUCAAAGGAAAGAACAACGUAGCUGCAUUGUGUGUAAGAGUAAUGGAGGUGCUGAUAUAGCUCAGAUUUCCUCUAAUGUCUUUAGGUAAUCCAAUAUAUGCU